AUGAUACCUGAAAAGCCCCUGCCAUUCAAUGGCGACUUUGCUUCUCCCGAGGAGUACAUCGAUGAACUCCUCAAGUUCUCAAGGACCUCGGAGACUUUCCAAAUUCUCUGUGGUGGUGUUCACAUCCUCGACUUCUUCACCAUCGAACCUGGCCUCUUCCACUACGCCAUACCCAAGGAGUGGCAUCCCUUCAUCUUGUCAUGCAGUCUCAUGGACCUCCUGGAUCUCCUCAUGCGAGAUGAUCUGGAUAAUCUCAAAUUCGAAGGAGAGGCCCCUCCGGAGAGCUUCAUCGAAUAUAUUCGAACAGUCCGAAACCUAUCUCUUGGUCGCUCAUUCACACCCCCGAAGGAGAAACUGCCUGCUCUGCCACGCCCAGUCGCCGUGGGCAUGAACCGCAAAAAGGUCCAUGAGGUCACCAACUUUGCCGACUAUCUCGAUAGGCUGUCAGGGGAUCUUUCUGAGAAAUUCGGUGACGAAAUCACCCACUUUGUUGACUUUGGCAGUGGUCAGAAUUAUCUUGGUCGGGCAAUGGCAAGCGAACCAUAUAACCGAUAUGUGGUUGCCGUUGAAGGGCGUGAGAAUAACGUUACAGCAGCAAGAGGCCUCGAUAUGACUUCUGGUUUGGCCGUCAAGCCCAAGGUCAUGAGAAACAAGAAGCUGUGGAAUCAGAUCAUCGAAGCACGCGGCCCAGACGCACAAGAUGAUCCAGAGGCUUUGGCCAAGGCUAUCCGCGAAGUGGCAGGAGAUGAAGCAUUCGAGUUCAGGCCCACCAGAGAACUCGAAGCGGAAUACACGGCGGAAGAAGGCAAGGGGUUUGUCCAGUAUAUCUCGGGUCGUCUCGACAGCGGUGAUCUUGCCGACGUCAUUGCCCAAAUCGACAACGGGAGCAAAACAGAGGGCGAAAAGAAGGACUUGAGGUUGAUGGCAAUGUCAAUCCACUCCUGCGGAAACCUGUCGCACUUUGGAAUUCGCUCCCUGAUCCUCAACCCUAGCAUCCGGGCGGUGGCAAUUGUUGGAUGCUGCUACAACUUGAUGACCGAGAAGCUAGGACCGCCGACCUACAAGCAUGCUUUCUUGAGGCCGACUCUCCAGGCUGUCAACGGCCGGCUCGUCCGAGAAUCCGACAAGCAUGACCCGCAAGGGUUCCCCAUGAGCCAAAAGUUCUCGACAUAUGAAGGUGACGGCGUGCGACUGAACAUCACAGCACGCAUGAUGGCUUGCCAAGCACCCCAGAACUGGACCGAAAAGGAGAGCGCGGGAUUCUUCUCUCGGCACUUUUUCAGAGCAGUGUUGCAAAAGAUAUUCCUUGACCGGGGCGUGGUGACCAAGGUCCGGCAUUCUGACGCCCAAGGAGGACCUGAGGCAGAUGCUACUGUCGCCACCAAGAGCGACAGCGAGAGUCCUUUUGACAUCAGCACCAAUCCUGUCAUCAUUGGAUCCCUGCGGAAGAAUUGCUACGGUUCUUUCAAGGACUAUGUGCGCGGGGCUGUGCAGAAACUCACGACCAACAGCGACUUCAAACAGUAUGCAGACGUGAUGCGGGAGAAGAUGGGCGACAUCACAGACGAAGAGAUCGAGCGCUAUGAGGCCACGUACCUGCCACGAAAGAAGGAGUUGUGCGCUGUCUGGAGUCUAAUGGCGUUCAGCGCCAUGGCUGUCGAGUCUCUCAUCGUGUCGGACCGGUGGACGUUCCUCCGAGAACACGACGAUCUCGUCCGUCAUGCAUGGGUCGAGACAGUGUUUGACUACGAACAGAGCCCAAGAAACCUGGUCGUCGUUGGGGUCAAGCAAUAA